AUGGUGCCUCCUUGGAUUUUCGCGGACUUGGAUGAGCCUAUGCAGUACAACGGCUUUCACUGGAUCCGAGGAGUGGACGCGGACGUGUGGGUCGGCCAGAAGAGGCACCAAAUCACCAGGCUGAAUGAGACUGCAGCCUUAGGGCCAUCUGUGUCUCUAUGGGAAAGAUAUAAAGUUACAUGUUCCGUAUCGAUAGGAGAGAAUCUUGCCUUUCAUGCUGGACGAGAGCGAGAAUUUGAGAGCGCCCUCGCAAGGCGCUGCCCGCCCACCAAUGAGUCGAGAACCAGGAAUGGGCGUAAGGAUGCCGCCUCUGCCGGAGAAUUUCAAAGACAACCCCCGGAAAUUGUGUCCAUGGACAGCAGCCCCCUUCGCUUCGAGAAAUAUCUGUCCAUUCUGGCCGGCCUCCCACACUCCAUCUACAACAUCUACAACUACGAAACGGAGCCGCCCUUGACCCACACGCUCGACGUCUCGCUCUGCUACAAUCGCGCCACGCAGAUGCGUCACUUCAUCUUUGAUUUGCCGGACGACACUCUCUCGAGGGUUAACUUCCUGCGAGACAAGCUGAAGUAUGCAUCCCAGGCGGCUUUGGCGGAAGCUGGCGUCGUCUCUCCUCUCAGAAUCAACCGCCUAGUUCUUGAGGAACACGAGGGAAGUCCUCUGAGAGUGCUCUUCAGCAUCCUAGAAAAAGCCGGACGUGGUAGGAAACGCCCCGGGGGCCAUUCUCGAGAACGACAUGAAACAGGCGCCUCCGUCAUCGACUCCUUCAUAUCGCAGUCCAGGCUGGUCAUUGUUGUGCAUCUGCCGGCCAUUGCGCUCCACCCAGAGGAGCCUGUGUACGUGGCCAUCGUCCCGGUCCCUGGCUCUCUGAAGGAAGUGGACAGGGAUGGAUCCAGCAAUUACGGAUACGAAACAAAGCAGCCCUACCAGUCAGGAGACAUGGCCGGCCUCGCCAUCGGCAUGCUGCUGCUGGCGGGCUGCUGGGGGUCGCCGUGAACAUGGUCCUGCAGCGACGCGCGUCGGGCCAGAUGGGCCUCCGCGCGUGAACUUGGCGCGCCGGUCCGCCCCGACGCCCGAAACCUCCAUCAACCUCAACGCGGAUCUCACGGCCUCUGAAACCUAGACGAGAUCGCAGACAUUACGUGUUUACUUUGAUAUAUAUAUAUAUAUAUAUAU